UUGUACCUGGUGGACUAGUUUUUAUUACUGUUCCAGCUCGUCCAAAUAAAACUCCUCAUUCUAAAGUUAUUUACAAUAUGUUAGCUGAAAUAUUGGGAUCUUGUUUUCUCCACUUGGUCAAGCAGGGUGAUAUUGAGGAAGAGGAGGUGGAUAGAUUUAAUAUACCGGUGUAUAUUACAUCUCCAAUUGAAGUAGAAGAGGCAAUUAACAGAAAUGGAAGUUUUAGUAUUGAAAAAACAGAGAUACUUUCAAAGGAAACAUCACCAAUCAAUGGUUUAACAGCUAAAGAUGCAUCAGUACACAUAAGGGCUAUAACUGAGGGAUUGAUUGAAGAAAAAUUUGGAACAAAAAUAUUGGACAAAUUGUUUCAACUUCAUGAACAAAAAAUUGAGGAUGCAUAUCUUGACUUGAUUUCUGGUGAAGCUAUUAGUUUAUUCAUAGCUCUUAAACGCAAACCAAAUUAAACCUCUAUUUUAAUUUGUUUUCUUGUUUUUUUGCUUUUGUAUAAGUUGUA